CCCACGCGCGCUGGUGGGAGUUCGUCCACUUGCUUAUCUUUCUUAGGAGUGAAGGUCGAUGCGUUGGUAGUACGGAGGAUUUUGGCAGCAGGCUGGAUGGAUUUUGGAUGGACAGCCAGACAGGUUGCAGAAGCAGCUGCAGUGUGAGAGAUCAGAGAGGGGUAGUAGUAACAGAGCUUGACUUUUGGCUUGUAGCCGAUACGUGCGUUCAGUUUGGCUCCUAAAAGCGUCGUUCAGUCAAUUCAGCCAAUCAUCUUCAUCCUGCGUUUGAGGAAAAAAAUGCUUUGCGCUUUGCUUUGCGAAUGUUUCGCUCUUCAGGACUCUUUGCCUUGCUGCUGAUUGUGCUUGAGUGGACCCGGCCUGGCUUGCCCUCUCCGCUGCGGCCAAUCUGUGAUCUUCGUGUCCUCGACCACUUCAUCAAGGAGGCACGGGAUGCUGAGGCUACUAUGAGGGUGUGUAAAGAGGACUGUAGUAUUGGCGUGCCCCUCAUGGUUCCCUUGACCAGAGUGGAUAUUGGUGUGUGGGAGAAGAAAAAUAUGGCGGAGCAGGCUCAAGAAGUUCAGACAGGCCUGUGGCUGUUAAACAGGGCCUUCAUCUCAUUACAUACAUCCAUCAGCAACUCUGCACUGCACUCCCACAUAGACGCCAGCGUCAGAAACAUUGCCAGCAUCGGACAGGUUCUGCGCAGCCUCAGCAUACAGGACUAUGUGCCUACAGUUUCUGGUAUAGAUCUCCAGGAGACGUGGCAAGUAUCUUCUGCUCCAGAGCUCUUCCAGGUCCACAUUAAUUUCCUGCGUGGAAAAGUGCGUCUCCUGCUUGCCAAUGCACCCGUCUGCAAGCAAGAAGUCAGCUGAUUGGAGCAUAAUGUGUAGGGACCCAGUUGACUGGAGAGGUCGAUGAAGCAAAGGUGGGACAUUGCACCAUGGACCCUGCUUAAAGGCUGAAAGGUCAAGGAUCAGGUCAAGCUCAACUGGGCUUUGAAAGUUAAAGACUGGGAGGAGUUACAGCACUUUGGAGGUUCUCACCAUGGACUUCCAUCCAUGAACUUCAUAGAUUCCCUUAGGAUGUAGUCCUCUUUACCACUGACGUGAAUGCCAAUGUUGCACAUGUUUUAUAUAUAUAUAUAUAUAUAUAU